AUGGCGCUGAGCAAUUUCCUCUUCGCGCAGUGCAUCUGCUACUUCCUCGCCUUCCUUUUUAGCUUCAUCGUGGUGGUGCCGCUAUCGGAGAACAGCAACGACUUCCACGGCCGUUGCCUGCUCUUCACCGAGGGCAUGUGGCUCAACGCCAACCUGACGGCCGAGCGGCAGCGCUUCACCGUGCAGGAGUGGGGACCUGAAUCCGCCUGUCGCUUCAGCCUCUUCGCCGGCCUCCUCUCCCUCCUUCUCGCCGCAGUGCAGGCCUGGAGGACCCUCUUUUUCCUUUGCAAAGGCCACGAGGACUCUUUCUUUUAUGCUUUCCUGAAUCUUCUGAUUAGCGCCUUCGUGGUUUUUGUCACCUUUAUUGCCAGCACUAUUGUGACUGUUGGGUUUAACAUGUGGUGUGAUGCUAUUACUGAAAAAGGAAGCAUGCCAAAUAGCUGUGAAGAAUUACAAGAUAUAGAUCUUGAGCUGAAUUUAGAAAACUCAUCAUUCUAUGACCAGUUUGCCAUCACACAGUUUGGCCUCUGGGCUGCCUGGCUGACUUGGCUAGGAAUUACAAUAUUAGCCUUUUUGAAGGUUUAUCAUAAUUAUCGGCAGGAAGAUCUCUUGGAUAACCUGAUUCAUGAGAAGGAAUUUUUGUUGGGACGAUCUUCAUCACGAACUUCUUUUCAGGAAGAGAAAAGUGGCAUAAUCUAA